AUGGCGGUGACCGUGGCUAUGGCCUUAGACGUGGAUCGAGAGGUAAAGAAGACUCUCGACGACGGGGAGAUGCUGCGAGGCCUAUUAGGUCUCGCAACGGAAGGCGGAGCGGGAGCAGGCGGAGGAGUGGGAGAUGUUCAGCAAUCGAAAGAAGGAUCGUUGGAGUUGAACGAGAAGGGAGCGCUUGCGCCGGAGAUUCACGCGUGCUUGGGUCGCCUUGAAGCGAGGUUUGGCGGAGGGAGGACGGCGGUUGAGGCGAUUGAACAAUGGGUGAAUUCUCAGGUGGACAGUAAGGUGUCAGGAUCUGUGACAAGUGGUGGGGAACGGUUGGACAAGAUGAGCGCCCCGACAGCUGUUGGUGUGGUUGACGGGGCGAGCGAAGCAGGCGAAGUCGAACGAGCUGUAAUUGCGGAAGCUGUAUCAGCCACCGGCGAAAACUGGUUACCAGGUAAACUGGCGGCUGGUUCGCUUGAGAAGCAGCAGGCGCAAUCAAAGGUCGGUCUUGCGCGGGGCCUGGAGGCCUGGGCUGGUACUAACGGGGAUGCUCUUAAAGGAGCGCUGCUGCAACUCUUGGAGAAGGAAGAGGCACGGCUGGAAGGAGGAAUCCAACGGCUAGAAAUCGAUUCUGAGCGGAAGUUCUGCGAUCUGAGGGAGGAGAUGGAGCGAGCGGUGAGCGGCGAGGGGAGGAAGCGGGAAGCUGAGCUGGACCGGAUGGUGAAUCUGCUUAUAACGGAAGCGGCGCUCCGGCAGCAGCUGGAAGAGGAGAUUAAAGCGGUGCAGGAGCAGUGGGCGAGGAAACUCGAGGAGGCACGGGCGCAGCAGCAAGCGCAGCAGCUGGAGGAAAUGGCAAGAGUGAGGAGAGAGAUGGAAGAGAUGAGAGAGCAAUGGCAAGCGCAGCAGGCGCAAGCGAACGAAGCGUUGAGAGCAGAGAAGGAAGCGGUGAGAAAGCAGAUGGAGCAGAUGCGAGAGGAGUGGCGAGUGCAGCAAGCACAGGCAAACGAGGCUCUGAUUGGUCCAAUGGAGGAGAUUCGCGAGGAGUGGAGGGCUGCAGGGCUGGGCGGGAGGGUGAAAAGUCUGGAGGAGCGGUUGGACGGGGUGGAGAGCGGUGAGCAGGACAUGGAGAGCCGGAUUUUGCAGAAGGUGUCUGAAAUGCGGGUAGAGGCUGGACUGGAGGUAGAUAGGGUAGAGAAGAUCGUUAAUGAGAAGGUGGAUGGGCUGAAACAGGAGCUAGACGGGAGGAUUGAGGGGAGUCAGCAGAAAGUAGAGCAGUUGGAGGAGCUUUGGAUGGGUGCGGAUGUGCCUGGGAUGGUGGCGAGGAUUGAAACGGGGGUGAAGUGUAAUAAGAUUGUGAUUGAAGCGGUGGAUAGGCGCGUGAGGGAGCAGGCGGAGGGGCAGGAGAGGGUUAUGGAGGAGGCUGAGAGGACAGUGAGGAAGGUUGAGGAGAGUGUGGGGGAGAGAGUGAGAAAGGUGGAGGAGAGUAUGGGGGAGAUAGUGGGUAAGGUAGAGGAGAGUGUGAAGAAAAUAGAGGAGAGUGUGGGGGAGAGAGUGAGGAAGCUAGAGGAGAGUGUGGGAGAGAAGGUGGUGAAAUUAGAAGAGGGUAUGGAGGAGAGAGCAAAGAGGGUAGAGGAGAGUGUGAUGGUUGGAGUGAGGAAUCUAGAGGAGGUGGUUAAGGAGGUGGAGAAACUUGAAGAGAAGAGCGUAGAGGAGAGAGUGGGGGAGGUGGCGGGGAGUGUUGAGGAGCGUGUGAAAGAAAUUGAAGGGAAAUUGGAAGAGAGGAUGAGGAAGGUAGAGGAGAGUGUGGAGGAGCGAGUGAGAAAGAUCAAGGGAGGUUUGGGAGAGAGGGCGAGGAAGAUAGAGGAGAGUGUGGAGAAGGUGGGAGAAGCAGAGAAGGGUACAGAGGAGGGGGUGAAAGGAGGAGAAGCGAGUGUGGAGGAGCGAGUGGGGAGGCUGGAGGGGAGUGUGGAGGAGAGUGUGAGGGAGCUGAGGGGGGAGAUAGACGCCGUGGGACAGCAGGCUGCGGAGGUGGGGAGAGUGGUGUUGGAAAUCAGCAAGGAGAUCAGCAACAAGACUAGCAAGGAGGUUGCAGCAACAGCAACUCCUUCCCAUCAGCAGCAGCAGCAGCAGCAGCAGCAGCAGCAGCAGAUAGAGGCGGUGAUUGCAGUUGGCAGAGAGGUUGCAAAGGUAGCAGCCGAACUUUCCAAAUCGGUCAAAUUUGCCAAAUCCGGCACACGAAGCGAGGGGGCGGAGGAGGGGAGUGGACUCCUGGAGCAGGUCGUUUUGAUUGGUCGGGAGGUGGCGGGUGUGGGAGCAGCGAUUGCUGCAGGUGUUAAGGAGCAAGAGGGAAGGAAGGAGGAGGUUAAGUGUCUUGAGGAGGUGGUGCUGAUUGGUCGAGAAGUGGCCCACGUGGCAGCAGAAAUUGCCAAGGGUGGAAAAGACCAGAUGAGCGGAAUCAAAUCUGAGGAGGAGAUCAGAUCUUUGAUUGCAGCUGAGCUGGCAGCGGCUGGUGGCGUGCAGCAGCAGCAGCAGCAGCCAGCACCAGCACCAGCAGCAGCAGUGGACGAAGCUUCCAAGAAGGUGGAGCACCUGCAGGAGCUGACAGGAGCAGCAGCUUUGGACGAACCUUCCAAGAAGGUGGAGCACCUGCAGAAGCUCCUGGAAGAGCAGCAGCACAAGGCUGACGUGGCAUCCACGAUCCAACAGCUGUCAGAUAAAAUCUCCGUGUUGGAGCUGAAGCAGGCGCAGACCACGUCAGCAGCAGCAUCAGCCGCGUCAGCAGCGUCUGCCGCGGUUGCAGUCACCCACGCUGCGUUCCCCCGUGCUGCGUCCGUAGGGGCGAGCGUUCUCACCUCCCCUGGAGGCCCUAAGACGAUCACAGCAGCGGCAGAGGCAGCAGCUGCGAUUGUGGCGGACAGAGGGUGGGUGCAGCAGCAGCUGGCGGAGCAGGAGGUGAAGUUGAGGUGGAGAAUGGAGGCUUUGCAACAAAUGGCGAGUGUUUCCUUGGAGAAGGCGCAUAAGCAGGCUGAAGAGGGCGCUGCGAUUCUUGCAGCUGUGAAAGCAGCAGCAGGAGCAGGAGGAGCAGGAGGAGCAGGAGGAGCAGGAUCAGGAGCAGCAGCAGGGGCUAGUGCAGGGGCGGGUAGCGGGGCAAUAGCAGAAGGGGUGGCAGGGACAAUGGCUGAAACAGAGGAAGCGGCGGGGGCAGGGGAAGGUGCAGGGGCGGAGGCAGGAGAAGUGGCAGCGGCAGCAGCAGCUGUGGCGGACAGAGGGUGGGUGCAGCAGCAGCUGGCAGAGCAAGAGGUAAGGUUUGAGAGGCGCGUGCAGGGGAUGCAGCGGAUAGCAGAGUUUGGCGUCCAGCGGGUGGGACAGUUGGCGGUGCGGGCGGCAGAUUUCGACAGUAUGCUGAAGCAGGUCCAGGAGGUGAUGGCGGCGCUGGCUGCGCGAGUGCGGGGGGUGUUGGAGCAGCAGGUUGGGAGAAACGCGGAGAUAGAAGCGCUAGUGGGGUGGAAAGCGAGGAUUGAGGGGGUUUUGGAGCAGCAGGCGGGGAGAAACGCGGAGAUAGAUGCGCUAGUGGCACUGAAAGCGCGGAUUGAGGGGGUUUUGGAGCAGCAGGCGGAGUGGAAUGCUCGUGUUGAUGCGAUGAUGAAGGAGGUGGGGGCGAAGGUGGGAGGGCUGGUGGAAGGGGAGGGUCGCUGUGCCCAGGAGCAGCAGGCACAGCUGCUGCAGCUGCAGCGGUCCCUCCAUGAGAACGCCCGGCAGCUGGCUCUGCUUGAAAGGGCGUGCCGAGAGAAAGAGAAAGAAAAGGCCGGUGCUGCUGCUGUGACUCUUGAGUCGACUCCAGAGGGGCAGGCAAGGCAAGUGGCUGUGUUGGAGAGGGCGUGCAAGGUGAUGACAGAUGCUGCUGCUGUUCUUGAGUCCACGGAGGUGUCAGCUAGGGGUUGUGAAGAGAGGGCGUCUCAGGAGAAAUCCAAUGCUGCUGUGACUCUUGAGUCGACUCCAGAGGAGCAGGCAAGGCAAGUGGCUGUGUUGGAGAGGGCGUGCAAGGUGAUGACAGAUGCUGCUGCUGUUCUUGAGUCCACGGAGGUGUCAGCUAGGGGUUGUGAAGAGAGGGCGUCUCAGGAGAAAUCCAAUGCUGCUGUGACUCUUGAGUCGACUCCAGAGGAGCAGGCAAGGCAAGUGGCUGUGUUGGAGAGGGCGUGCAAGGUGAUGACAGAUGCUGCUGCUGUUCUUGAGUCCACGGAGGUGUCAGCUAUGGGUUGUGCGGAGAGUAGGGAGUGCAAGGAGAGAGUGGGUGCUCUUGAGUCGACACCGCAGGUGUCUGCUACUGCUUGUGAGGAGAAGGCGGACAUUGCUGCUGCUGUUGUUUCUGAGUCAACACAGGUGUCAGUUUGUGCCUGUAAAGAGAGCAGGGAAUGCAUGGGGAGAGUUGAUGCUCUGGAGUCGACUCAGAAGCAGCACACGCAGCAGCUAGCCGUGCUUGAGAGGGUGUGUCAGGAGAAAGCAGAGGUUGCUGUGGCUGCAACGCUUGAGCUGACGCAGGAGCAGCACGCCAGGCAGUUGGGAGUGCUCGAGAGAAUCUGCAGGGAGAAAGCAAACGCUGCUGCAACUCUUGAGCUGACGCAGAGGCAGCACGCGAGGCAAUUGGCCGAUUUGGAAAGGGUGUGCAGGGAGAGGGUGGAGAGUGAAGGUGGGAGCGAGAGGCAGCAGCAGCAGGAGAGGGGGGAGAGUGAAGGUGAGAGAGAGAGGCAGCAGCAGCUGGAGCAGCACGCUAGGCAGUUGGCUGUACUGGAGAGAAUGUGCCGGGAGAAAGCAAAUGCUGCUGCAACUCUUGAGCUGACGCAGAGGCAGCAUGCCAGACAGCUAGCUGAUCUGGAAAGGGUGUGCAGAGAGAGGGUGGAGAGUGAAGGUGAGAGGGAAGGGCAGCAACAGCCGCAGCAGCAGCAAGAGAGUGCCUCGAUGGUGCCUCAGCAGGAAGGAGGGCAGCAGCAGCAGCAGCAGCCGGAGGAGCGUGCAUUGGCGAUGCAGGAGCUGAGAAGGAAGUGGGAGGGCAUGAAAGGGGCUGGUGGGAGUGCAGCAGGGGCAGCAACAGCAGGAGGAGUAGACUCCUCCUGUAAGUCCCUCACUGGCUCCUCCCUCCGCCACGCCACGGCUCUCCCCGGCUUGUCAGGCCUCCACCUUCGGGGAUGCACUGGGGUUACCACAGAGGGAGUGUUACAGAUCGGCCGGUUGACUUUGGUUGAAUCCCUUGACCUGAGCUACACGCCUGUAGGGGACGCAGGGCUGAGGUGUCUCGAGCCGCUGGUGAUGCUGAGGGAGUUGGAUCUCAGCGAGUGUAACCUGGUAACCGAUGUGAGUGUACAGUGGAUCGUGAAGCUGAAACGGCUAAGGAAACUCGACCUUGGGGUGUGUCUGGGGAUCGGAGAGAGAGGGCUGGAGAGGGUGUGUCGCGAGAUGAGCUGGUUAGAGGAGCUGGGGCUUUCGGGGACGGCGCUGAAUGACAGAGUGGGCUGCUCCCGACUCACCGACACCGCUCUGCACCACAUUGCACACCUCUCCCGGCUCCAGGCUCUCGACCUGAGCUACACUAGAAUCACAGGCGAGGGUCUGGUGUCUCUUAAAGCCCUGUCUUGUUCUCUUAACGAGCUGGUUCUUAGUGGGUGUGAGCAGCUUGGGGUGGAAGAUAAGGGAAAGCUGGCGGGGUACGAUUGGCUGGAGGAGCUGCACCUGAGCGGCCCGAACGUGACCCCGCUCGGGCUGAGGCAGGUUCGGGGGCUGCCGAGGCUGAGCAAGGAGGUGAAGCAGCCACAGCAGCAGCAGCAGCAGCACCAGCAGCACCAGCAGCGGCCUCAAUCGUAG